AUGGCACUUCUCGGUGGUAUGAACCCUCGGCCACUUACUCUCAUCUUCCAUAUCUUAGGCAUCACUUUUACCUCCAUUGGGCAUUUGCUCUCUCCCUUUCCCACUCCUCUACACGUUUGGCACAGCCUCAGGCUUUUCGUGUCAACGAUGAAGAUGUUGGGUCACCAUAUCAAGGUUGAAGGUGCGAGGCAAAUGCUAUAUCCAGAAAGCACACCCAUGUAUUACAGACCCUAUAUGGCUCAACCGCUCUCCAACUAA